CUACGGCCUGCUGGGUCCGAGUGGGUGUGGGAAGACCACACUGUUGAAAUGCAUUGUGGGAACACUGAAGAUCUCCCGAGGGCACAUCAGCGUGUUGGGGAAGCCACCAGCAUUUCCUGGUCACCAGGUCCCUGGGAGGAUGGUGGGGUACAUGCCACAGGACCUGGCGUUGUACAACGAGUUUACCAUCAGUGACACCCUGACGUUCUUCGGACGGAUCCACGGCCUGUCAUCUAAGGACACUCAGGCACGCAUGAACUUCCUGGUGGACUUCCUGGACCUACCUCAGAAGAGCAAACUGGUCCGAAAUCUCAGCGGAGGGCAGAAACGGAGGGUUUCUCUAGGAGCAGCCUUACUUCAAAACCCCCAGUUAUUGAUUCUGGAUGAACCCACAGUCGGGGUGGACCCUGUGCUGAGAGCCAAGAUCUGGCAGCAUCUAGUAGAUAUUGUGAAAACUGGAAAAGUGUCGGUCGUCAUCACCACUCACUACAUAGAGGAGGCCAGGCAAGCCAAUGUGGUGGGUCUGAUGAGGAAUGGCCGACUGUUGGCCGAGGGACUUCCAGAAGCCAUGAUGAAACAGCACAAUGCACCGACCCUGGAGAAAGCCUUCCUGCAGCUGUGUGAGACGUCAGACCAGGUGAGCUCCAAACACAGCACCUCGCCUCAGGGCGGGGUCCUAGAGAGCAGCCAAUCAUUCGAGAGCAGCCGGGACGAGAGUCAACCAAUCCUGGGAGCCGGACCGGGACCAGUAGAAGAGCUGCCCAAAUAUUCAGUGGACUGGAAGGUACGAGUCAGGCAUGUGAUGCCAAAGUGGAGGAACAUCGCAGCUCUGAUUAUCAAGACCACAGUGAGGAUGAAGAGGAUGCCCGGGUCCCUGUGUUUCCAGUUCCUGCUGCCAGUCAUCCAGAUCUCUCUGAUGUGUCUGUGUAUCGGAGGAGACCCCAAAGGAAUACAGGUGGCAGUGGUCAACAAUGAGACCUCCUCCAGCUCCUUCAGCCAAUCCCUGCUCUCCUUCCUGGACAACUCCAGUGUGCAACAGGUGAACCUGUCCCACGCCGAUGCUUUUGCAGGGGCCUAUAACGGAGAGUACUGGGGCGUCAUCGGGUUUGGAAAGAAUUUCACCAGCUACCUGACCAAGAGGAUGAUCCAGCGCCAGGUCUCUAAGGAGGAAGUGGAUGGAGGGUCGGUGCACGUCUGGCUGGACCUGACCAAUCAACAGAUCGCCAUGAUGCUUCAGAAGAAACUAGCAGACGCCUUUGAGGAUUUCGUCCAGUAUAAGAUGGGGAGCAUGUCUUACCUGGCCUCUCUUCCUGUCAAGUUUGAGGAGCCCAUCUAUGGCAGCCUGAACUCAGACUUCACCACGUUUGUGACACCAGGAGCCGUUCUGAGCAUCACUUUCUACCUGGCAGUGGGCUUGACGGCUCUCUCCUUCGUGAUAGAGAGGAAAGAGGGACUAAUGGACAGGUGCUGGGUUGCAGGUGUUAGUUCGUUGGAGACCGUGCUGGCCCAUCUCAUCUCCCAGCUGUUUGUCAUCAGCAUCCAGGUCAUUCUACUACUGCUCUUAAUGCUGCUCGUCUUCAAGAUUCCUAACGAGGGGAACCUGGUGUUGGUGAUUGCUCUGAUCGUGCUGCAGGGUGUAACAGGCAUUUCCUUUGGUCUGGUCAUCUCAUCCUCCAUCGAUGAUGAACAGAACGCCAACCAGGCUGCCCUGGGUAUCUUCUACCCCAAUCUAAUCGUCAGUGGUAUAAUCUGGCCUGUGGAGUGCAUUCCCUAUCCACUACGUUACAUCAGUCUGGCCCUGCCCCAGACCUACGCUUCUGAAGCCCUACGAUGCAUCAUGUACAGAGGCUGGGGUCUCUCCAGGAUGAUGGUGUGGCGAGGCUUCGCUGUCACCCUGGGCUGGAACACUUUCUUCCUCAUCCUGGCCACCGUCAUCCUCAAGCUGAGGACCUGAGACGUCUACCCAGUGAACAUGCCUCGAACGGUGGGAGAGCUACCAGGCGAGGCCCAGGCCCCUUCCUAGUCUCUGGAUGUCUGUGUCGGGGGACACUGUGCUUUAAGGGAGAAAGUGCUGGUAUACCAGAGUUCCUCUCGCAGACAGACACCCACACACACACCCUCCUCUCCCCUCCUGCUUGCCAACUCAAAGUGGCUAACCCUGAGAACCAGAGUCUAUGGGUGAAGGACUACUAGGUGGGGCGAAUCAUUCCAAAUCUUGCAGGUAGAAAUCUACUUUAUAGAAAGGAUAGCGUUCGCUAUUCCAUUAGAGAGUUGUCUGCUCUUUUAUGUUGUCAUAUUUCGAGCUGCAAUGCUUUGAAUGUUUCAACCGCCUGAAUAUGCCCUGCAGCAAUGUUUCUCAACCCAGUUGUUUAACAUAUCCUAUUUUAUUACAUACAUCCCAGCUAGCACAUUUGGUUCCUUGGAAGUUGUGGGAAGGAAGCCAUACUUUCCUGUCCGGUAAAACUGAAAGUUCUUCAAACGUUCUGAGAAGAGAAGUGACAAUUUUUCCUGUUCUUAGAACGUUUGUUUUUAGGUUGCAGGGAAGUUCUGAGAACGUCUUACUUCUCUGAACUAUUUUAGAACAUUCCCAAUGUCAAACCAGUUGGAGAACGUUUUUUAGAACAUUACCAAAAUUGAAAUUAAAUGUAGCCGUAUUUGAACUUUUAUGAAACGUUGAAAUACCCCAAAUUUUUUUGGGGGUCAAGUUCAUUAAAUGUGCUGAGAAUGUUCCAAAGCCAAGCAACUAUCCUGCACCAUUCCCAGGAAGUUGUGGUAAGGUUGUACGCAAAAUAACCAUAGGACAACCACGCUCUCACCAAGUUCUAAGUAACAUAUGGUUCUCAGAACGUUAUGUGGUAGCUGGGAGUAUUGUCUGAUUAACACUACAGGACCAAGCCAAGCUAGCCUGGUUACGCAUCCACCAUAGUUGCUGGAACCGUGUUGGAAAGGACAAUGAGAAAAGAACAGAUCCGAGCCAGCACAGUACGGUUCAAGACGUUCCUAUAGUGUGAAUCAGACAUCAGUCAAACUGAGGUUGAGAAACAUUGUAGAGUAGGAGUGCUGAUCUAGGGUCAGGUCCUCCCUGUCCAUAAUAAUGAUUUAUUUUUUAUGACGCAAACAGCUAAACUGAUCCUAGAUCCGCACUCUUACUCUGAGACGCUUGAUAAAUAGGGUCCCUGAACACUGUAAUUUAUAUAGGCUGAAGAACACCCUGUACACAGUACAGCUUAUAGACCUUAGGCAUGUUUUACAUUUACCACCUGUUUUGAACAUAAGAAUGCAUUGAUUGGAGGUUUAUAUUUAGAAUUGCUGUUGACGUUUUAUGGAUAACCCCUUCUACAGUAUACGUUGACUGUAUUUACACAGAUGAUAGAUACAUAUAGAAUAUUUUUUGGUGGGAACUGUGCGUUAAAAAAAAUAAUAUUUGAAUAUUCUUGGUAUUGUCGUGUUACUGGAUACAGCUACUGAUGCGUGGGUAAAGAAUGGCCACGACAAGAAUGACUCACGUUUGAUGGACGUUUACUGAAGGAUCUUCUCUGAUUAUGAUGAUGAUGGGAAUUCGCAUGAAGAUACUGGCAUUCAGUACAUUCAGUUCUUAUACAACUGGUGGUAACACAGGCUCUGUCUAGGCGCUCGGGCACAGAACGAUGUCCACGUCCGUGCGAUGAGCAUGCAAGCAAACCUUCAACUAACUGUGGGAAAACCAGACAACUGGCUAACCUAAACAUGGCACGCCCACUAACCAACGAGCGACUAUCAGAACGUGCACAGUAGAACACAUGGGGCAGAACAAGGGGCUAUGUCAUCUGCACUACAGUAUGGAUACAAGUGUAUUUUGAUUAACUGAAAUGCUAAACUCAAUGUUAGACACAAAAAAUAAAACAUCUCUUUGCCCUCUGCUAUUUCCA